AUGUCAGCCACCACAGAAGAGAAAAAGUUUCUUAUCACUCCCACAAACAUAGCGGACCUCGACAUAUCACCAGGAGCACAUGCUAAUCACACGUAUGAAGGAAGUGAUCCAGAAGAAUCAGAAGAUGUUGAUAUUCCGAUGCCAAAUGACACACAAAGUCUUUGUGUGUCAACAGAAAGAGGUGAAGAUGAAGGAAGAUCAAUUACACCGAAUAAUAUGGCAUACGAGUUCAUUCCGUUGAUUUAUAGCGAGCCCGCUCUAUUCAACAUGCCAGAUAUCGCCUAUAAUCUUCACAAAUCGUUUGCUGCCAGUGAUACAUUACUUCCUCAUAUGAGAGUCGUUGCGGAUGAAAUGAGAAACGCGUCAGCAUCAGCAACAGCUGAACCAGAACAAUCUGUAUCACAUGCACCAAGUGUGUUGACUGUAACAGCUCCAGAAGACAAGAAUAUGUAUCAGUCGGACAUUUCCAUGUACGGGCGACAAGGCCAUAAACCAUCGUUUUCCACCCGAGAAAUCCGCGAACAACAUCAAAAAGUGCAACAAAAGUAUCGAGAUGUAACGAAAAAGGAAAGAAAAGAAGGGAAACCAACUGAUCCUAUUGAUUUCGAAGGCAUUCUGAAUAUAAUCGGAGGAUGUCGAUGGUGGCAAAUUUGGAUUUAUGUUCUUAUUGCACUUCAACAGAUUCCACACGCAAUGUUCAAUCUGAAUGUGGUCUACAUGAUGUAUGAUCCAGAAUUUCAAUGCAUGGUAAGUCAUUUGUUUUUUUUUUUUGGAUUCGGAUUAGGAUGCAUUUCUAGACUUCCGGGAUUUAUGGAAGAUUGGGUUGAUGAUAAGGUUCCUGGAUUCAACGACACCAAUGACACAACCGUUGAAACGCUUGGGCCAUACAUGUGGGGCGUAGAUGACAUCAAAAAUAUCUCAUUUGUUUUCCCGAACGCUAAUUCGGAUGGUGCCUAUCAACGAGACUCUUGUUACUUUUACGAAAGAACAGAAGAACGGUACCGUCAACUUCGAAGAAUGCCUCUUGAUGUAGCUAUGAGAGAGGCCUGGAAAGAUGUGGCACCGAAAAGAAAGUGUCAAUCGUAUCAUUUUGAAAAAGAUGUCAUGGUAGAUACUAUCGUUACGGAUUUCAAUCUGGUAUGUGACAGUUGGUAUGCAAAAGGACACGCCCACAUGUUCUACUCAAUUGGUUAUCUGUUGGGAUGUGUUUUGGGAGGGAUCGCAAGUGAUAAGAUCGGUCGAAAACCAACCAUAAUUGGUUUUGGUAUUCUCUCCUCGAUGCUCGGUGUUUUCCUUCCAUUUAGUGACUAUUAUCCGCAUUUCCUUUUAAUUCGAUUACUAUCUGCCAUUUGCAACGAAGCAGCUGAUCUGGCUGCUUAUACUCUUUGCAUGGAAAUUACAGGGACCAAAUACCGUGCAAUGGUGGGAUCGAUGCUCCAAGCUCCCUGGGCGCUUGGAUAUGCAUUGCUGGCUUUGAUCGCUUAUCUUACAAAGAGUUGGAAAACCAUCCAGUUAAUAGCUGCUGGUCUCCAUUUCAUUUCCAUCAUUUUUAUCUGCUCCAUUCCUGAAUCUCCACGAUGGUUGAUGGUUCAGAAUAAGGUAUCAGACGCAGAAGAAGUGAUUCGAAAGGCGUGUAGAGAACCUCCUUUCCCAUUCAACAUGUGUACAACUUCAAAAUGUGGAAAUCUUCCAUCGGAUUUGGAGUUGGUCUCUCAUCGGGAGAGGAAGUUGAACAAAAAGAACGGUGGAAAGAUUGGAUUCCUUGAUCUAUUCACAAUGAAAGAGCUCCGUUAUCGGACGAUUUCUGUGUGUAUCGUAUUCAUGGCUACAGCUUUAGUAUACUACGGUCUUGUGAUGGCUCUCUCAGAUCAAUCGGCUCCAGGAAGGACACUUUUCACUGGAUAUUUCCAUCUCAACAACGGAAUAGCAGGUGCCAUUGAAAUUCCAACACUUUUUGCAUGUGUAUGGAUGAUGCAGUUGGGAAGGAAGAAGGCGCUUAUGCUAACUCUGACAACAUCUGGAGUAUUCAUUCUGAUCGCAAUGGUCUAUAUGAUUGCUGGAAGAUACAUGUGGGCACUUGCAUUCAUGUAUUUCGGAAAAAUUGCGGUUCAAGGAGCAUUCAAUAUUCUCUAUAUAUUCACUAGUGAACUGUAUCCUACUGUAGUUCGAAAUACUGCCGUGGGAGUUACUUCCAUGGUGGCUCGAUUUGGAUCCGGACUGUCUUCCUAUAUUGCCCUUUUAUCAAAUAUUUCCCUUCCAAUCGUUCCUAUGAUCAUCUUCGCUCUUUUCUCUUUAUUCGCUGGAAUGUUAGUAUUCGUUCUACCGGAAACCAGUGAAAAACCAUUACCGGAGACAUUAGAUGACGCGAUUACAUUCCUGGAACCGACGAAACAAGUGAACUGCAUGAUGAGUCGAUUCGGAGUUUUUGGUCAUCGUCAUCAUAAAAUGACAAAAAGUAUUAGUUUGACAGAAAAUCCGAGCUCAACCGAUUUAACAGAUAUCAAACCAUUGAGUCGACGAUCUUCAGCAAUUACAAGAAGGAUGGCUGAAAGAGCAAGUGUUAUUUAUUCUAGAAAUGCGAGUCGAACCAAUUCAAUAGUACAAGAUAUUCAAGAUAUUCAAAUUCCAUCGGACUUCAAACUGCCCGAUUUGGUAUCCACUGACGAGUAA